AUGUUGAUUUAAUAAAGACUGCCCAUUAUCUAAUAUAAUGAUUACAAAUCAUUUUUAAACAGUUAAUGGUUGAUGAAUAACUAUCUCACCGAAAUUUAAUUUAUAGAUUGUCUGAAGGAAGUAAGCAAUUAGGUUGGGAUGCUCAGCAAAGAAAAGGCUUAAUUUAAUUAAGAGUAGCUGGCUUAAAUAAACACAAUCAAUCAAAAAGUAAUUUUACUAACUUACUUUCUUUUUGGUUACCACAUUAUUUAUGUGGAGAAAUAAUAUUUCGUGUAUGCUCUCUAUAAGUAAUUUUUGCUUAUCAUCAUUAAGAUAAGCAAUAAGAAUUGUGAUCAAUUACUUUAAAUUACAUCCACCUCCCAUCCCAUAUGUAAGUCUAUAUUUUUUGAAUGCGUCAUUAUGCUACUAAAUUAAUCAACUUACCUCCUCAACCAAGCAGAUCAAAUCUAGGUAGAUUAUGAGAUUGAUGAUGACAUAUAGAAUCUGGUUAAUUCAAAACUGUUUUACAAGAUGGCUUAUAUAACUCUAAUGGAUCUGAUAAAAGACACGGUCCUACAGAAUCACUUUGAUGGACAAUCUCUAAUUGCAAUUUGUAUAAAUUAAAUGCUCUUAACUGAUUAACUUUAAUCAAAAUUGUCAUUGGAUAAAAUAAAAAAUAUUCGAUAGCAUGACACUGAAUAUCUGAUUAAAUUGAUGAGAUUAUUCAUAGACAAUAAGGAUGAUUAAUUGCAUGUAACAAAAUAGAUACUUCGAUAUAUAUUCACACUUAAUGAAGAAAGAAAUUGCUAGAUAUCCAAGUUGGUGUUCUCCAAUUUAAAGUAACUAUCUCAUUCAACUCCUCUGAUUCUUUAAUCUAUUAGAAUUUGGUUGGAAUCCAAAAAUCCAAUUGUCGUCCAACAAAUCCGAUUGUACUUGGAAGAAUAUCUGAAAACCUCGUUCAACCAAAUUCACGAUGAUUCUGAUUAUAUUCCUAUGCUAUUUCAAAUUUUAUGUAACUAUAGUAAUUUAUUUAAGCCUCGAUUUAAUGUUUAGGAUUUAUUGAAGAAUCAAAUUUUUCUGAAUCAGUCUUUGAAGAAUUAAUAUAAAUCUUUCAUUUUCUGUGGCAUCAACUUGAAUUAGAAACUAAUGAUAGGAUGUUUCCCGAGAAAAUUGAAUUCUGGCAAAAUUACACAAAAAAAUUGAAAAAAUAAUCCAUUCCCACCAAUCUCAAUUAGAAAUCCAUCACCAGUACGGUCAAAGACUGUGCUGGUCUUUAUUUGAUUUUGCAUGAUCAAUAGAACACUAAAAAAUACAUCAAUCCAGCAGAUUCCCUGAUACCUUACAUAGAUGCUGUGUAUCCACUUGAACAAUAAUAGGUGAAGGAUAUGCAGCUUAUGCAAAAUCUUAUUAAAUCAUCUGUAGAAUUCCUAGUGGAUCCUAUUUUAAAAGAUGAUUGGGUUGUUCUAUAGACUUUGCAAAAAGUAUUAACGUAAGUUUAAUUGUUGAAUUCUUCGAUGAAAUAAAAGGUCUUUUAAUUGAUCUGGUCGAGAUGGUCCCCUGAAAAUCCAUUCUAUGUAAAAAUCUUGUAAUAGAUUGUAUCUAUAUUUUUGGAAAAUGAAGCUUAACAGUUAGGAACAAGAAAUAAUUUCUUUUUGUCCAUUUUGGCUAUGGAAAGUGAGAAGAAAAUAGUACAUCCACAAAAAUUUCAUACUUUAUUAUAGAUUUGCUAAUAUCUUUGUCUUGAAAAUGCUCCUGUAAAUAUGGACUAUAUAUUUUCAUAAUCACAGGAUCAUAAUUCGUGUUUGAAAUUGAAACAGUAUAAAAUUAAAAAAAGUUUUCAAGAAUUCUUUUAAGUGAAUAAUUAUUACUCAAUGAUUGUUAAACUAAUUUCAGGGAUUUAAAAUACAACUAAUUUGGUAUACAUUUUAAAGGAGUUUAUCAAAUUAGAGUGGUUAUUAACAGAAGGCUUGAAAUUAUCUUAAGUUGAAUUUGCUGAUGAGUUUGUUUAAUUUUUAGAAUAAAAAUUAUAUGUGUUUUCAGAGGAUUAAAUGAAAGAAUUAAUAGAACUCCUAUAAGAUUGUUCAGUGUCUAUGGUUAGUAGAUUCCUCAAAUUAAAGAAUAGUAUUGAUAAUCUAGAACAAUAUGGAGAAAUGAUUAUAUAAAAUGAGUUUUGUUUGAAGGUAUGAUGAUUCCAUUAUAAUAUAGGUUUUGGUUGAAGUGUUUAUAUUCAAUAGUCACCCAUCAGAAAACCUAAAAUAAAAGUGUCUCUAAUUUCUUGGGGUUCUUUUAUCAUUCAAUGAGUAUAAUUAAUUAGUAUUCAGAGAAUGUAUUCGCUUAUCUGUAAUUCACCCUCAUUAUAUUAGAACUUCCUCUAAUGCAUGAGAUACCAGAGAAACAAAAAGCUAUAGUAGUCCAUGGAAGAUGUCUUAAAAAGAUCUUUGUCCUUUAUUAGAAAUGAUCAAAUCCAGAAAAUGAUCCAAAAUGCUCCCAAAGACCAUUAGAAAAAAUAAGUUUUCAGGCAAUCCAAUUUUUCUUAAUAUGUUGGAGCUACCUUAGAAACCUUUUCUGCUAUUAGUAAGGAAGUCAAAGGGAAAAGAUAGUUCCAACUUUUGGGCAAGGAUAGCGGAAUUGUUAUUAAGAACUAUCAAGAUUUAUGCACUAAGAAAUGGAGGUCCUUUACAAUUCUAAUUGAAUUCAAGAAGGAAAGUUUCUACUUUAUUAAUUCGAAUGCGAAACACAAGGAUGAAGUAUUUAAAGAGGAGUAGGUGAUAUUUAAUAUGAGUGGCAUGUUCGAAUCUUAAAUAGGGAAUAACUUCUCAGAUCAAAAAUACAGCCUUCAAUAGGUUGACUUAAUUAAGGUCGCCCUCUUAAAACCACCUUUCGCCUAAGAAAAUCAGAAAAUUAACCCAUUGGAGAAUUUAAUCAAAAUAUCUAUAUUAAAUAAUGAACAGAAGCCAAAUGACAUUUAUAUAAAUUUCACCUAAAAAACCAAAGAUGAAUUGAUUUUAUUGGCAAUUAUAUUUGAGGAUAAACCCAAACACACCUUCUUCGUUAAAAUCUAAGAUGAACCCAAAAAGACCUAUCAUGUAAAAUCAUUUAUAACAGAAUACGUGAAGAAACAUUCUGAUAAAUAUCAUAUCACUUUAAACAUAGGAACUUAUUACUUUAAUUAAUAGUUUUAAAAUACAUUCUAAGGAGUCAUCAAUAAUUUUAUUAUUAUAGAAAAGGUUUUAUAUCUUAAGUAGAUUGAGGCUGUUUUUCAAAGAAAUUAAAAUAAUUUAAUAGAAAUUAUAGAAAAGGAAGUGUUACAGGCUGGGAAUGAAGAUAUUGAAAGUAUACAUCCAUAAUAGCUUUAGGUCGGGAAAUGUAAUAUUUGGAUAUUGAGAAGUUCAAGACUUGCUUCUCUCUUGUUGAGAUCAACGAUGCAAUUAAAGUAACAAAGUACUAAACAAUAUAAGAGCAGAAUUUCCUUAUGAAUAUGAUAAAGAAGCAGGUUUCUCAUAAGAUGGUGCAUGAAUCCAAUUAAGUGGCAAAGGUGUUUUAUUAAGGAGUAAAUAUAAUAGAAGACGCAGGACUAGCUGAUGUAUUUUUAAGCUUAGAUAAUAUUGAAAUAAUACUCUUUAUAAUCUAAAUAUCCACCCAAACAUAUUUCAAUUUGGAAAAUUUCGAAAGAAGAUCAAGUAGGUUAAAGACCUUAUAAGUUACAUUGCAAAAUGAAGCAGGAAAAAACCAGGGAGUAUUUAGAAGGAUCAAUUACUUUGAUAAUUUGUUUAGAUAGUACUUUUUAGUAAAAGACAUGAGAAAGUGCAGAGACGAUUAUUUAAAUUGCUAAUAGUUUCACCUGAAUUUAGUAAAAUCCAAUAGUUCUUAGUUUUCUUAAGGAGAAUCCCCAAUUGAAAAGAAGUAGAACUGCUUGUUCGAUACUAGUGGGUCUAUUGUUAAUUCAAUAAUAGGUGGGCUCAAUAACCCAACAGUGUCUUAAUUCAAUCUGGAUCAUAGUGAAUAAAAUUAACAACAUCAAAUUUAACCACUUUAGUAACAUUCUACCUAUGUAAUUGAUGAACUAACUUAAACUAAACAAAAUGAUACAGAUAUAAGAAAUGGGGCUUUCAUGGAUGUAGUUUCAGUAGAGAAGCCUACUUUUAAAUCUUCAACUGAAAAACUUUCAUCAAACAAAUACAUUGAGGACACUAGAGUAAAAUCAUAAUAUGUGGGAAGAAGAACUUCAAGAAAUUACACCUGCAAUACUUCUCCUAAGAAACACAUUUCAUUAAAUUAAUUCAAUCAAAAUAUAAUAGAAAUAUAGAGUGAUAAAAAUAUAGAGUUUACUCUUGAGGAAAAAUCGCCUACUCAUAAUGACACGAAUAACUUUCAAUGUGAAUGGAUAAGAGUCAAGAUGCAAGUCUUUGGAGAAUUGAAAGUAUUAGAAAAAGGAAAGGUUUUGCAAUUUUAAAGUGAUGCCAAAGAGCGUCCGGAAUAGGAUUUCUAUACAUAUGGAACAAUUGUAUCUAAAUAUUCACAUAUAAUUUUAGGCUUUCAACCUAAGAAAAGUUAAAAUAACUAAGAGGUUGAAUACGGCUUCUAUUAUUGAAAUCUAAACUCGUCGCUACUCUCAUAAAGAAAUUGCAGUUGAAAUAUUUUGCAAAAAUAAAAAAUCGUAUUUCUUUGUGUUAUAUGACGCUGAAAAAAGAAAUUAAUUUUUAAAUUGUUUUAAACAAAAUUAUAAUAUUAGCAUAGUAAUAGAUCGAAGAGCUGGUAAAUUUAUAUGUUAUAAUUUAGAGUUUCAGGCAAGAAAUUAUACAAAGAAAUGGCUCAAAGGGAAAAUGACAAAUUUUGAAUAUCUGAUGUUGAUCAACAAAUAUUCUGGUAGAUCGUUCAAUGAUUUAAAUUAAUAUCCUAUUUUCCCUUGGGUUAUUAGUGAUUAUACAAGUAGGAAGAUAGAUCUAGUAUUUAUUAUGUUUUGAUAAAUUAGAAUAAUAGAGAGUAAUAUAGAGAUUUAGACAAGAUGAUAAGCAAUCAAAAUAAGGAGAGAUUGGAAAACAUUAAAAUGAGAGCAGAAUCUCUGAAGUAGACUUAAAUGGAAUAUUUUCUGUUUGGAUCUCAUUACAGUGUGGCAGCUCAAAUCAUAAAUACUUUGGUAAGAAUUGAGCCUUUUACUUCGCUUUAAUGUGAUCUAUAGGAUGGCAAAUUAGAUUAAGCAGAUCGCAUCUUUUUUUCAAUACCUAACACAUGGGUAUCGUGUUAAAAUGAUCAUUAAGAUUUUAGAGAGUUGAUACCUGAAUAUUUUUAUUUCCCUGAGUUCUUGAAGAAUAUAAAUAAAAUACAAUUUGGUGUAAGAUAAAAUUCUGAAGUUGUUGAUGAUGUAGUAUUACCACCAUGGGCAGAGAGUUGCGAAGAAUUUAUAGAAAUUAAUAGAAAAGCACUUGAAUCAUAUUUUGUAAGUGAAAAAUUGCAUAAUUGGAUUAACUUGAUUUUCGGACCCUAUUCAUAGGGAGAAGAAGCAAGAAAGAAAGAUAAUUUGUAUCAUUGGUUGACAUAUGAAAGCUGUUGGUAAUCCUUAGAUAAAUUACCAUACUAGGAUAAAAUGGGAUAUUUAACUUAAAUUCAAUCAUUUGGUUAGGUUCCUUUUUAAUUAUUUACAAAACCACAUCCAUAAAAGCAGAGAUUAGAAUCAAAUUUGUAUUUUCCUUCAAAUUUAGUAAAAAUACUAACAGAUAAAAAACUCAUUAAUUCAAAAAGAAUUAUGAAAUUUGAUAAGAAACUUAUAGUAAAAACUUAUAAAGAAAAUGAUAAUUUGUAUGUUCUUAUGAAUAAUUGCUAUGUUUAUAAAUUAAAGUAAAAAUAUAAUAAAUUAUAAUUUAGAUAUAAUGCAAGUUUAGAGAAAAAAGAAAGUGAAGAGAAGUUAUUGUCAGCUUAAUUAUUUUCAAUAUAAGAUGUUGAAAAACUUCAUUUGGAAAAAUGUGAUAUGCUGAAAGAUCAAUAAUAAGUACAUGAGAAUUACAAGAAUGCUAAGCCUAUCCACAUAACAGGUCAGUAAUUUUAGUUUGAUGAUCAUUUUUUAUUUGUUGCUGGAUAUUUGAGUGGUUCUGUGUACAUCUAUGAUAUUCAUUAAGAUAAAGCGCAGAGUCCUCAUGUUUGCCAUAAAAUCAAACUUCACAGGAGGAGAGUGACAUGCCUUUGUUAUUCACCAAAAUUAAAGGUUUUAUGUUUGGGUGCAAAGGAUAAUAGAGUAACAGUAUGGAAAGUGUAAUAAUCUAAUGAAAAGACAAUUUCAUUUGGGGGGUCUCCGAAAUACAUUCUUUAUGGACAUGAUAAAUCCAUUAAAUGUUUGACCAUUGAUGAAGAAAUGGAGAUUGUUAUAAGCCUUGACAAAUUAGGAAAGUUAUAGAUCCAUUCGGUUAUUUCAGGUUUGUUUUUGAAUGAAAUCAAAUUCCAAUUGAAUACUGGCGAUAAGAUUUGGAAUGUCAUAUCAAAUGGAAAUGGACUUAUAGCAUUGUUAACUACUAAUAGUGAGAUUAUAGUUACUAGGUAUUAAUUGAGAUUUUAAUUGUUAGAGUAAAUGGCUUUGUUGUGAGAAGGUAUGUCAAUAACAAUAUUGGCUAAAUUACACAAUUUAUGUUCUAUCAGGAAUCUCAUCUACUUAUUUCUACUCUCAAGGGAGAAAUUCUAUUGAUUCAAGAUGUAUCUAGUUUAGCAGAACAAUACCCCCUAAUUUUUCACAUUUAUCAAAAUACGCAAAAGAUUGGAAUAAUCAAUUUUUCAUAUUGUAAAUAUCGAUAUUUAAAUAGAAUUUGAAAACGAAGGCGUUACUUUUUUGAUUACCUUGAUUGAUGGAUCCCUCUGUCGCUUAAUCUUAAGUGCAGGAUAAAGUAGUUUCAUUUUAUAAUUUUAGAUAAUGACUUUUAAAAAUAUUUAGGAAAAUUAGGAAUGUGAUAAAACUAAAUACUUGAUAAUUAUAUAUUUUUCUCUUAUAAAGUUUAAUAUUAAUAUCUAAUUAUGGGUAAUAAAUUGUAGGGGAGAGAUGCCAUAUCAUAUCAAUUGUAAAGUGGACGAGUAUUUGAAAUACAAGUCAAUGAUCUUUAAGGAGGCAAGAAAUUUCCAAAGCCUCCCAAGAGAGAGGACAUUAUAUUAAAAUAUAAUCAAUGGCUAUCAGAAGUUUAUCUCAAUAAUAUUUAUAAGGUUAUUUUGGAAGAGUCAGAUAUUAAACUCUUGUAGACAGUUGAAUCGAAGUAUAAAUUUCGUAUUUGCUAUCUUCAUGAAUAAAUAAUGGAGAAAAUCAACAUGCAGAAAAAAUAAGAAUUUCAGGCUAAUCAGGUCUACAUCGAUUAAUUAAAAAAAAGUAUUAAUAGAUUAUACGAGGAUUAUAAUGACGUGGAUAUAAGCAGUAAUAUCUUAAACCAUUCUCAUAGGCAUUAGUAAAAGUCUUUCGAAUACCUGUUGUAUUGAUCAAAAAGUAGAGUUGAUUAAAAAUAUGAAUUUCAUCUCCUAUUUAUCAGAUAGAUUGAUACUUUUAGAAGCGACAUCUAGAAUUACAAAUAAUUUUAGAGAUUAAAUUAGAAUUUUAGAACUAUAUUAAGUUAUAUUGAACACUUACAAUAUUAAUCAUAAGUCCUUAUUUCAUGAGACUAAAUGUUUUAAAUCAAUUAUCCAAAAUUUUCAUCCAGUCGAACCCAAAGUAACUGGCUUGGUAUUCAAAAUUAUAGCUGGAUAAAAUGGAUUAAGUUGGAAAGAAAACAACUUUCAAAAUAUCUAAGAUGCCUUGUAAAAUCUGUAAGAUCUUUAUGCAUUCUAAAAUAAGUAAUUCAUAUUUAUAAAAUUAGAUUCUAAAUAUUUAUUAGAACAAUGUAUUAUACAAAAAAUCUAAUAAUGAUUUAUUAAAUUAUAAAGUUUCUCUUUCGAUAUUUGUAUUCAUUAGACGAUAAAAAUUAAUUAUCAGUUGCAACUGAACUCUAAACUACAAAAGUAAACGAUAAAUAGUUAGAGGACGUGUUUAAGUAAAUUAAACUUAGAAUAAAACUGGACCUAUAUAAAAAAGAAGAUUGUACCUAUGAAUCAGUUAGAAACAUACUUACUACCUUUGAACAUCCAUUGAUCUCAUAUAACUAAGACGAUCCAAGAUUGACUAAACAAUUUGCCUCCUUUGUAGAGGCGGCUGUUGAUGAUAAAAUGAAUUACGAAAGUGAUUAUGACUCUUCCCAAAAUAUUUAGGAUAUUAAUUUCUUAUAAGAUUAGUAUUUUUACUAUGAGGAGGGUUAGGAACAUGUGUUUAAAGCCAUAAAAUAAUCAGUUAUAGAAUGGAUUGAUGCAAUCUAAAAUAUAAGUCUAUUAUCUUUAAAGGAGGAUGAAGUAGAUUAGUUUUUCUUGGAAAAUGAAAAGACAUAGAAUUAUGCAUUUAUUGGAGAAAAGGAUAUCAGCUCUUCUAAUUAGGCACUUUCUAAAACACCCAAGAAUGAUCAUUCUGAAUAAGAGGAUUAGAAUUUUGAAUAAAAAAACUAUAAAAGCAAAUACAAAGAAGCAAAAGAAAUAAUAAAUGAAUUAAGAAAUCAAUUAGAUUAAUAUACAAAAUAACAUAAUGUAAAAUUAUAAGAACUAUAGCUUUAAAAUUAGAAAUUAAAUGAAGAGAAUGGCUCACUUAUAAAAAAAUUAUAAGAAUAAGUCAAUCAACUCUAAAAAGAAAUCCAAAACUAUAAAACUCUAGCAUAAGAGGAUUAAAAAUCCAUUUAAGCUUAAUUAAAUUAAUCUAAUAUCCCUAUGAUACAAUAAAAAGAUUCGCAAACACAAAAUAAUCUAGAUUCUUAAAAAUAAUAAACUGAAGUCUCAUCAACCUCUAAAAUUCAACCACCGCCUCCUCCUCCUCCUCCUCCACCACCUCCACUUAUAUAAUAAACUGGAACCUCUCUUCCUCCACCACCACCACCUCCUCCACCGAUUUAAACAACUGGUGGACCACCUCCUCCUCCUCCUAUGAGAUCAAAUAAUUAAUAACCUUUACAAUUACUUAGGAAAUAGUAGCCUGCCCCAUCAAAACCAAUGAAACCACUGUUUUGGACAGCUAUUCCAGAUUCUAAAGCAUUCAAAACAAUUUUUGAAAAAAUCUAAAAUGAUGAUUUUACUUUAGAUACAUAAUUUUUAGAAAUGAACUUUUGCAAACCUCAAGAAAUAUAAAAAUAAACAGAUAAUUCAGUGGAAGUUAAUGUUAAAAAAUAAAAAGUUAAACUUUUAUAACCAGAAAGAUCUCAAAAUAUUGAAAUUAUUCUCAGUAAAUUACGUUUAAAUAUCAAUUCAUUUUCUGAUUCCUUACUUUAAAUAAAUCUAGAAGUUUUAACUGAGAAUGUAAUAAACUCUUUAAUUGCUAUUUGUCCUACCUAAGAAGAAAUUGAGUUAUUGAAUGAUUUUACAGGAGACAAAUCAUUAUUGGGAUAAUCAGAAUUAUUUAUUGAUGCUCUACGUAAAAUCAAUGGUUUUCAAUUUAGAAUCAAAGCAUUGCAUUUCAUGUAUAAUUAUCAUGAGAAUAAAUCAACAUUUCUAAAGGAGGCAAUGUAAUUGACUGAAGCUUUUAUAAAUUUGAAGAAUUCCUAAGAGUUAUAGACUGUUAUUUUGAUUGUUUUAAGAUUGGGUAAUUUUCUUAAUGGUAAUUUAACAUUUUAUAUUUAGCAAAGACUCCAAAAGGAAACAUUGCGGCUUUUAAACUAGAAGCAAUUGAAAAGUGUAGUGAUUUGAAAAGCAUUGAUAAUUAAUAGAAUCUUUUAUACUAUGUAAUCGAAAAAUCAGAAUAGAUUUUGAAUAAAGAUUUCAUAAAUUAAUAAAGUAAUGAUUGCUCUCUAUUUUAGUUAUUACAAAAUUCGAAAUUAUUGAAAAAAUUUCUUUAUCGCAACUUCAACAAAGCUUAAAUGACAUUAAAAAAGGGCAAAAUCUAAUCGUCUAAUCCAUUGAGUCUGCAUCUGAUAAUCCAAAUGAUCUCGUAGCAAUAUAAUUUUAACCAAUAUUAACUGAAAUUCAAUAGGAUUUUGUAACAUUUUAACAAGAAUUUUCAAAAGUGGAUAAACAUUAUAAGGAAUGCUGCGAAUUUUAUUGUGAAAACUAAUCAGAGUAAUCAGAUAAAUUUGGUGAAAAAAUAAUGAAAAUAUUGAGAUGUUUAUACAAAAAUAAAUAAGAAAAGCUGAUUAAAAUAGAAAAGUUAAGAAAAGCUGAAGAAUAAAAAUUAAAAUUAUAAUAAUCUUAACAAAAUGAAAAACCUAUAGCUAGAAAUGAGAGAACGAACAAAACUUGGGUGCCUUAAAAUCAAUAAAAUUAGGGAUAAACAGUAAUUAAAAAGGGAAGAGAAAGCAUGGUCGAUAAAGAAAUUAAAGAGAUGUAGAAAUUUAAAAAUCAAAGUAAAUUUUUUAAAUGA